ACUACAAAUACACGACCCAAUGGUUUGGCGUGUUCCUCUCAAUCGCUCUUUGUCUCUCACUCGUUUUUUUCUUUGUUCUGACAUGAGAAUAGAGUACGAGGUGAUGAGUUUUCGAGUUCCAAACAAAGGAGUCCCUUUCAAGGAGCUGCUGGAAACGCUGACGCUGUAUAAGAUCGGACCAACUGGGUUGCCUCUCACUCUGCGCAUCGAGCGUGCGAAGCGGAUCCAGGCCGUGUACGUCCAGGGCGCUGCAACGAAAAUGCAGGCUCUCGUGAGAGGUUUCCUGGCGAGGAUAAGAGCCGGCAAAGGUGGUGCUGCUGUGCGCAAAACCGAGGUAGCAGCUGAACAAGAAUUGGAAUUGACAAGGAGCAAACCCGAGGUGCUAGAGGUUGCCAGGGACGUGAGAGGCGAAGCUCUCCUGGUGGAAGAGUAGCGGUGCGGUCGCAGUUUUGUAU